AUGGCAGCUAUUCGUAAAACAAGCGAAUCCACAUAUAUCUUUCUCGACAUCAAGGACAACACACUAGACGAUAUUGCCAAUUCUUGUCACUGGAAUGAAAAUUCUGGUUUCCAUCUCCCGCGCUACGGGCUUGGGGCCCUUGAUAAACUCCCUCUUGAAAUCAUCCACCUGGCACUUAUCCAGCUUGAUAUGCGGUCACUGGCUGAUUUUCGACACGUCAACAAAAGCGCAAGACUAGUAACAGAUUCGAUUCCGCAGUAUAAGCGUAUUCUUGUUCACGCGCCAGCAUCAAUUCGAGGGUGCCUCAACAUAGAAACUGCACGAUUCUUCUCAUGCCAGGACCUGUAUGAGAAACUAUCUACAGCUGAGUGUGACAGCUGUGGCGACUUCGGUGGGUACUUGUAUUUGGUCACCUGUCGUCGCGUUUGUUUACUGUGUUUCACCCAGGAAGCCGACUACCUUCCUCUCUCACGGAAUGAUGCAAUCCGCAAAUUUGGUCUCGGCUCUAAAGACCUGGCAUGUUUACCUCGCAUGAAAGUCUUCCAGGCCACUAUUCGCCUCGGGGGAUCAAGCGUCGACAACGAGAAACCUUGUUCGAUUUUUCUGCUGCGCGACAAGCUGGAAUCGCUGUCCACGGGUCCCUCAGCUCCAUGGAAAAUUACGCAUCGAAAAUGGCAUCGAGGAGGCUACAGGCCUACGAUUCGAGAUUGGUAUUGGCUCUCCACAGAACAGACAGAGCGAAUCUACGGCCGCCCAGGUCUGAAGAUGCGUUUGAUGGGCAUUGCUCUAAUCCCAGGCGCUUCAUGGGCAUUAUUCGUGCUCCGUUCUUCGGUAUUGGAACGGUACCUCCAGACUGGGGUUUCCAUUGCCUCGCUUGCAAGGCCCAUCACUAUGGUCGACCGCUUCAUUGGCGUCGAAAAUAUACGAUGGACAGUUUCCAGGAUCAUGUUUCAGAACGUGGAGAGAUAA